AUGGUGAUGCCACGGAUCCUUCCUGUCGUCCUCGGCUCGACAGCCAUCGUCUGUACAGCAGCGAUCCUGUCGAUACACAUCAUCCUAACGGGCCACAUACACAACUUGGCGUCGGUACGGACAAGUGCAGUGAUAUCUGCCUCGCUGGAAGGCCUCGUUGUCGUCGUGUUGGCCUUUGUGUUUGUCACAUACUUUGUGCUCAAGGCGCCGCAGCACACCAAACGGUCGCAGAGCAUCUUUUUCGGCUGCAGCGUACUUACCUCGACGCUCGCAACCAUUAGCUCCUGCGUGACCUUGGUCACGCUAGGCAAGGCGUCCAAGUUUGGUACGGACGAGCUCCUUGGUGCUAAUCAGACCAGCUUUCUCAUCGGCGCCUCGGCGGCGUUGGGCACCGCCUUUGCCUCGCAGCUCAUCUUCCUCGUGGUCCACUUUGUCCUUAUCCGGAUACCGCCCAACGGCAUGAUCGAAUCUCUUAGCACGGACGAGGAGGAUCUCCGCCAACACCGCCUCGAGGUCAAGUCGAUUCCCUACAGCAAAACCAGCCCCAAGCGAUCGUUUUCGCUUGACUCUAAUGGCUACCAUGAGCGGCCCAACACAACCGAGGACGGGUUCGAUUCGUGGGAUACCUCGGCGGUGGAUCCUCAAAACAGGCAGACGGUGCUGCAGUCUUCGUCACCCACGCCUGGAUUCCUCGCUCUCCGUACUCGCAACCGGCUGCGGCGACCAGCGAGGCCCACAUUCACCCCUCUUCCGAUCCGACUCUCCCACGCCUCCCCUCUUGCCACGCCCGGUACCAUUGUCAUGGCUGCGCCCAACGCUGGCCAGAUCAUCUCGGACAGGCAAAGCAUCCGCUCGCUAUCGAGAAUGAGGAGCGGUAGCCUUCCCACGGCGCCAAGCCCCUGA